CCCCCUCGUCUUUGUCACCGUCUUCAUCCUCAUCAUCAUCGUCGUCAAAAAUGGCGAUAGCAUAUCUCGCUCGUUGAACCGUUUGUGUGCACGACGUUUAGUGGUGUGUUUGUGUGCUUAGUGUGUGCAGUUUUUUUCAUUAGAGUCGUUUUUUCCGGCUCUUUUGUCCCUGCGUGCACCGUCUCGACGAUAUUUGUGUUUGUCGCCUCAAAUUCCAUAACAAAACGGCCAGACGUUCGUCGGACGGUUCGCGUUGAUGUGCGCCGGCAGACAUUCUCUGCCUCGCAUCGCAUCCAAUGUCGUCGUUACAAUUCAUCGUCCAUCCAGCCCCUGGAACGGAUGAUCAGCUCAAUGACAGAUUUAAAGAAGUUUCCGAACGUUUAAAUAGAAGUAUUUUAGGAAAUACAUCAUCUUAUCCUGUAUUAUCAAGUAUCAAAUCUCCAAUCAAACAAAUUGUAGUUGGACCAUAUCAUAUUGGCUUAUUAUUUGAAGAUGGACGAGUGGCUCGAAUUCCAUUUACAGUACUUGCAGAAAGAUUGGACUUGUCCAGAUCUACUGGAGAUGCAAAUAAGUUGCCUUCUAAAUCCAGCAGUGGAAAUAGUGGUGGUGGAGGUGGUGGGGGUGGUGGAAAUUUAACUUCUGCUACUCGUCACCUCACUCGACGAGCUCGUAUAAUGAGAUCAGGAUCAUUCCGUGGAACUUCAAGGUCAUCUGGUAGUGGUGUGAUAAUGAGUAGUGGUUCGUCAAGUGGACGUCCAGUUAUGCCAGCUCAAUUUGUACCAGAAGAGCUUGUAGCUCAAGCACAAGUUGUGUUGCAAGGUAAAAGUCGAAAUUUAAUAAUACGUGAGCUUCAGCGAACAAAUUUGGACGUGAAUUUGGCUGUCAACAAUCUUCUAUCACGCGAUGAUGAAGAAGGUGAUGGAGAAAUUGAGGAAGUUAAUGGACCUGGUGGCGACUCUUAUGUCCCCGAAGAUUUGAUGUCUUUAUUGGAUAGUGGAGGAUUUCAUUCAGAUCAUUCUGUUAUUAUUGAUGCUGAUGCAAUUUUUUCAGAAGAUAUGUUUUCAUAUUCUUCAUCUAGAAGGAAUGGUGCUAGAAGAUUAGGUGAACGUGAUCGUGUAAGCAAUAGUGCAAAUGACAGUACAUCCAGUGAUCGUAAUUCAGGACCUAGUGAUCGAGAUAGUUUCACUAGAUGGAGAGAUCGCCAUUGUUAUGGACAACAACAACAUCGACAAAGACAACAACAGUGGCUUGAAGGAGCACUACGUGAUUCAGCAUGGGAUAAAGAUACAGACUCUAAAAAGAAGGAUUCUAACGUUGGACCUUAUGAAUUUUCUGCAGACUCUAAAAAAAAGGAUAGUAACACUGGUAAUCCUUUGUGGUUGUCGAAUGAUGCAGAAUAUUGGCCAGAACCAAAUGUAAAAUUUAUUCAAAUUGCUGCAAUCCACUCAGAAUUAAUUGCCCUGUCUGCUGGAGGACAACUUUAUCAAUGGAAAUGGGAAGAUGCUGAUCCAUACAAGACUUUAGAUAACAAUGUACACCAUCCAAAGACUAAUGCUCUUGGUUUAACUAAUGAAAAAGUAGUUCUUCUUUCUGGUACCAUUAUACGAGUUUCCGUAGUAACUGAAUCUAAUAAAGUAGCUACAUGGAUGGAUGAAAGUCUUACUCAUGCUGCUACUGCUUCUAAACUUGAACAUCCAGCUCAGCUUUAUUCUGAAUUUGUUGUUGAUCAUAUAAUUUCUAUCCAUACUUGCCCACUGUAUACUCUAGCACGUUUGGAAAGUGGAGCACUUUAUUGGUGGGGAGUAUUACCGUUUAAUCAAAGACGUAAAAUAUGGGAUAAAUAUCGUACUAAAGCCAGAAAACAAAAAACAAACAAUUUAAAUUCUGAUAUUAUUGUUGGAAGUCAAGUUUGUAUGAAAAAUAGUCCACUUUAUCAGCCAGGAGCUAUUGGCAUAACUUUGUAUGGCGGUGAACCUAAAAUAGGUCAAUUAUUAAAUUCUGCCUGGACAUAUGCUGAUGUUUGCAGAUUUCAAAUUUUGACACCACCUCAGAUAUUUCAGUCUCAAAACAUUAAUAGUAGUUCCUCUAAAUCAUGCUCACCUAUUGAAAAAAGUAAAGAGACUGCUGAUCGAAUUGACAUGCCACCUCCUCCUUCUCCAGCAUCAAGUACUUGCAGUGAAACAGGAAGCACUGUUCAAAGUUCAAAGAGAACCAAAAGAGUAACAAUGAAAGGUCUUGAAGAUGAUAAAAAUAUUGAAGAGGAUUGGCCAUUAAAAGAUGUCGUAUUUGUUGAAGAUCAAAAGAGUUUGCCUAUUGGCCGCGUUGUUCAUGUGGAUGGUGCAUAUGCUGCAGUUAAAUUUCCUUGUGUUUCAAAAGAUAUUGUAACUGGAAUAUUUCCUAAAGAUAAAGAUCCAAAUACGUCUACAAGUGAUGAUGUAGUAACAAACAUCAUAAAGGUGUUAGACCAAAAUGAAGUUAGAUUAAUGAAAAAAGAUGACCUUCAGGUUUGUAAAGUGGCUGUUGCAAGUAAAGUACCAGAUUGUUUUCAGAGAACACCUAGAAGAAUAAAUAUACCAACUGAUAACGGAAAUCAAAUCCUGACUUUAACUAUUGAUGGUCAAGGUGUACAUGCUAUCGUUAAAAAUGGUUCAAAAAUCAGUUACAUUAAAUUUAAUGUAACUAGUGGAAAAAUAGAGCAAGAUAGUCCUUUUCCAGUUGAUGCUAGUGCUUUAAUUGGACUAAAUCCUGAUAAUAUGCAAAUUAUUUGUACUGCUGAAAGUAAAGAUAAUAUAUGUAUUUUACGUGAUGGUAAUCGGACUAUUUAUCCACUGGCUAAAGACAGCACUGAUUCAAUGAGAGAGCCACAGUGGUUAGAUUUGGGACCUGUACGUUGUAUGGGUAUUGGUUCAUAUACAGUUACUUCUCCUCAUGUAAAAGCAGUUGCUGCCAUCAUAGUAUUGGAUGUAGAACAACAAAUACUCAUGUCUCGAAUAUUAAAACCCAACCUUGAGUCAGUUAAAAUGUUGAUACACCAGCUAUCACUUGAUAUUGAUAAUAGUCUCUUAUCACAAAUUUUAGCAGAGCGAUGCGAUGGUAAUCGUAAUCUUUUACAUGCUUGUGUUUCAGUCUGUGCUCCUAUUUCAAAUAAAGAUCUAGAAGAAGGAGAUAAUCUAUCCAAUCAACCAAAUCCUAAUGUAGACACUUUGAAUGUAAUUCAAAAGGCAUUUGGGGUACGAUCAACAUUUAGUUUACGAGAAAUGAUGAGACGAGCUUCAGCUGCUGUUAGAUCAAGUAGUACCACUAAUAAUUCAUCUGACUCUGAGCAAAUGGAAAUGAAUGAUGAAGCACCACCACCAGGUACUGUUCCUGAACCAUGGCAAGAACCAGUUAAUGCAACUACCCAGUCAAACCCAGUUUUACAAAAUGAAGAAGAAACAAUUCAACCAACACCACCAAUUAAUCCAAACACUGAAAGAAGAAACAAUGCCUUAGCAAUUUUACGACUACUGUGUGAAUCAACUGUAUUUUCACCUCAUCUAUUGGAUUUGUUGACUGCUAAAGAUGCUCAAGGAUUAACUCCAUUUAUGUUGGCGGUGACUGUUAGAGCAUAUCCUGCUGCUAUUAUUUUACUUGAUACUAUCCAUCGUGUAGUGUCCAAAGUAGUACUACCUCCUAAUAUAUUUGAAAUGCAAGGUACUUCAGCUACCGAACAAGAGCAUGCAAUUAAAAAUGUGAUGAGUGCUUGGAGAUCUUCUGUUGCUGGAACAGGAUCUAAUUCUACUAGUAGUAACAAAGUACCUCCAGAAAUAACUCCUCAACCAGUACCUAUGUUUAAGAAUUCACCUGUUAGCAACUUUGAGUUACCACCCUAUUGGUCAUUAUCAUCUGGAUUGGCACAACCACCACCUCCUCCACCACCACCGCCUCCACCAUCACAACAACAGUCAAAUGAUUUUUCUAAAGGAUAUUUUCCUCUUCCACCACCUCCACCACCAUUAUCAAUUUACAAGACACAUAUUUGGUAUACUGAGAGAUCAUUUCAACGUGAAAGUGAUAGUGAGAAAAUUCUUAAAGCGAAGGAAGUUUUAGCUUCUAUGGUUUAUCCUCCUGGUUCAAAUCCAGAUUACAGUCCAUUGCAUGUUAUUUGUUGCAAUGACACUUGCAGUUUUACCUGGACUGGAGCUGAACAUAUUAAUCAGGAUAUAUUUGAAUGUCGUACAUGUGGCUUAACUGGAUCAUUAUGCUGCUGUACAGAGUGUGCUCGGGUUUGUCAUCGAGGCCAUGACUGUAAAUUAAAAAGAACAUCACCUACUGCGUAUUGUGAUUGUUGGGAAAAAUGUCGCUGUAAAGCUUUAGUACAAGGUCAUCAAGCAUCUAGAUUACAACUACUAAACAGAUUAAUUAAUGAAACUGAUUUAGUAACCCAUUAUAAUUCAAGAGGAGAAAGUAUAUUAUUAUUUUUGGUACAAACAGUUGGCCGACAAUCAAAUGAACAACGUCAAUAUAGUAGAUCAUCCAGACAACGAGCUGCUUCUCGUAAAACACCAUCUUCUGAUAUUGAAUUAGAUAUGCCAGAUCAUGAUUUAGAACCACCACGAUUUAGCCGUAAAGCAUUAGAAAGAUUACUAAAUGAUUGGCCUGCGGUAAAAGCUAUGAUAAUGUCAGGAGUAAAAAAUGAUUCUGAAUCUAAAUUAACUACUGACCAACCAUAUUUAAAAAACCAAUCUGGUACUACAUUCCUGGAUAAAUUUAUGCAUUGUUUACUUUUUAAAUGUAAUGCUGAAGUAAUUACUAACUCAUUUUUAAUGGUUGAUGCUUUAGUGACAACAAUUGUUAAAGAGCUGCAUAAUCCGUUAAGCAAUGUAGCUGAAGUUAACUCGAUAGCACGUCGUUUUAUUAGAUCUGUAAUACGUGUAUUUGUUGUUUAUAGUGUUGAAUUAGCUCCUCAAAAUAAUAAGCGACGAAUGCUUGGAAAUUUAUCUUCUCCAUUUGCUCGAGCUAGACGUAUUUUCCAAUCACUAAUGAAAUUAUCAAUCGAAGAAUUAUGCGAAACAGCUGAAAGUUUAAUUGCGCCCGUUCGUCUUGGUGUCGCAAGACCUACUGCUCCAUUUACUUUGUCUACUAAUACUAAUCCAGACAUCCAAAGUUAUGAAGAAAUAUUUUUUGUAGAGCCAAUGGCUCCAAAUAAUAUGAAUUUGUCCGAUCAAAUAGAAGGUGCUAAUGUUCACAGGCAAUCUCAAAAUGAUCAACCUCCAAUUGAUAUAGAAUUAGAAGAUGAAAUGGCAGAUAAUAAUGAUGGUGAAGGUAGUGAUCCAGAAGAUGUUAUGGGAAGUGUGCUUGAAAGUCAUGUUCGUUUAGGGCCAAGUAGUAUUUCUGAUUCUAAUCAACAAGGUCCAGUUGACCCAGAAUCUGAUACAGAAGAUAUGUUAGUUGAAACAGAUUCAGAUUCUGAUCAAAGUAAUCAAGAUGGUGGUGGUCAAAGAAGUGUCCAGACAGGAGCUACUGCUGGAUCAGACACUGACGAUGAAUCAGGAGAGUCAACUCAACAAGAAGAUGGUGAAGAAUCUGAAGCUGGAGAAACUGAUGAAUUAGAUGCUGAAGAAUUUCUUGUGUCUGAAGAUCAAUUAGAAAGAAGAACUACAACUUCUGGACAAGGACAUAGAACAAAUUUAGCACCUCAAUCUAUGCAAUGGGCAAUUAGAAAUCGCGAUACUGCCACACGAACAGCAACAGGGUUUAGAGUUGCUUCUGGAAAUUCGUUAGUAUUCAUAGAUCCUACAUCAUUGAGGCGAUCUGCUGUAGCUGCAGUUAGUAAUAGUACAAAUAGUUCUGGUAAUGGAAGCAAUAAUGCAGCAGCAGCCGCUGCAGCAGCUGUUGCUUCUGCAGCAGCUGGUCUUAAUGAUUCAAUCACAAUGGCUACUACUGCUUCAAGUUUAGCUAGAGCAUUUGCAGUAGUCAUACGACAAAUUGCCGAUUUAUUGGUUACAUCUUUAAAUGACCCACCAUCAUUACCAAUACCAGUGCGUAUAUCAGUACAAGAUACUUGUAGUUUACAGAUAAUAAUUGAAAAGUCACUUAAACCUACCUGGGAUUGGUUAAUGGCAAUUAUGGAUUCUACUGAAGCUCAACUUAGGUUUGGUGCUUCACUUACUCAAUCAUCUGAUCCACAACAUCCAAGACAUCCUUUACAUUCAACGACUACAGCUAAUACUACAAAUACAAUACCAAGUACAUCAUCUGGAAUAGGUUCAACUAGUAAUAAUAAUAGUCAGGCAGUUGAACCUCGACGUGAAUUUAUAUCAUACUGUUUAUCUCUAAUGCGUGCUCACAGUAAUGAGCAUGGAGAUUCUUUACCAGUUUUGGAUGUUUCUUCUUUAAAACACGUUGCUUAUGUUUUGGAUGCAUUAGUGUAUUACAUGAGGGCUGAUACAGCUGCUGUUAACUGUCAAUCAAUAAAUACACCUGUUAUUUUAUCAGAUUCAUUAGAAACUGAACCUUGGGUUAUAGAUCAGCAGGAUGAAAAUGAUAAUGAAGAAAAUGAUGAAGAAAUUAAUACUACUGUACCAUCAAUCAGUCAAGCAUCUAGUCCAAGAUUUUUAGACAUGGAUUCUGGAACUAGAGGUCGACGUCAUGCAUUUUUCCAACGAUCAGAUUCUACUUUAUGUUUAGGAUGUCCUCCACCAGAUCCUUUUGAAACACCUAUGACUCAAGCUAUGCCGUUAGCUGAUCAACCACACUUGCUGCAACCAAAUGCACGUAAAGAGGAUAUGUUUGGCUCUCCAAAACUUUCAGCACCUUUAGAUGGAUCAUUGGAUGGUCUGCCAUCAAGGCUUAGUUUAUCCAGUCGUAACGAUAAUGGAAGUGAACAGUUACCCAAAGAACAUGAAAGAAAAAGACAAGAUACUGAACCAGAAGAUCUUUCUAUUCGUGCUAAUGUGACUGAAAAAUUUAAUGAAAUGUCAGAGUUCUUUGGCCUUGGUGAUGAAUCAGACACUUCACAACCAAUCCCUGAAUCUGAAAUGACCAAAAGAGAUCGAGACUUAAUAAUUGUACCAACAAGUACUUUCUCUGAUACUACAUCUCCUAUGCUUAAAAGUGUAAUUGUCAGAGCUCCUUCUGGUGGAACUCCAUCUACUUCUUCAAGUUCAGCACAAGUAAAACCAAAUCCUGAUGUGGACGAUAGCCACAAUUCAUAUUCAAACAAUGAUAUUGUUAAACCAAUGAAUAAGGGAAGUCGUUUAGGAGAAAGUGUAUCCCAUGACUUAUUGUUAGGUCGCUGGCGUUUAACAUUGGACCUUUUUGGUCGUGUGUUUAUGGAAGAUGUAGGUUUGGAACCUGGAUCUGUUGUAUCUGAACUUGGGGGUUUCCCUGUAAAAGAAGCAAAGUUCCGUAGAGAUAUGGAAAAAUUGAGAAAUCAGCAAAAUCGAGAUUUAACAUUAUCCAAACUGGAGCGUGAUCGUAAUCAAUUGAUUCUUAUGACCUUCAAAGAAUUAAAUAAUCAGUAUAAUUCUUAUCACCGUAGAACAUCUCUUAGUUAUCCCUGUUUAGCGGUUAAUAGAGUAAAAGUAACAUUUAAGGAUGAACCUGGUGAAGGAUCGGGUGUUGCUAGAUCAUUCUAUACUGCUUUAGCUGAGGCACUUUUAUCGAGUGAAAAAUUGCCAAACCUUGAAUCAGUUCAAGUUGGUGGUAGAUAUUCACAAUACACUGUUCUUCAACGUUUAAGAAAUCGUGAGCGCAAUGAAUCUCCCCGAAUAAGACAUCCUGGUCCACUAUCACCACGAGUGCCAUCAAGACGGUCUGAGCGUAGUGACCGUGAACAACGCCGUACUCUCUCUGUUGAAGCACGUUCAUUUGUUCCUAAUUCUGGAUCAUCUGAUGCUAAUCCUAAUUCUCAUCUAACUCCUCACCAGCAACAACUUGGUGAACGUCUGUAUCCAAAGGUUGUUCAAAUUAGACCAAGUUUAGCCAGCAAAAUUACAGGAAUGCUUUUAGAGUUAUCACCUGCUCAACUACUAACAUUAUUAGCAUCUGAAGAAGCUUUAAGAAUGCGUGUAAAUGAAGCUAUUUCAUUGCUUAUGCAAACUGUUGAAAUGUCAUCACUUGUUGAUGUGGCUCAUCCAUUACCACCUGCUGAUAGUCUUCUUGAAGACGUUGAUUUGUUCUUAAGUCUUUCUGAACAACAUGGUUCUAAACCUGCUCCACCAGCUAAAGAAAAUAUUGCAGAAGAAAAUGUAAUAGAAGAAAACUUGGAUGAUAAUACACCAUUAUUUUAUUGUCCUGGUAAACAAGGUUUUUACUCACCACGUCAAGGAAAAGCUUCUUAUGAACGUUUGAAUGCUUUUAGGAAUACUGGAAGAUUGAUUGGAUUAUGUCUUUUACAAAAUGAAUUAUGCCCUAUGUAUUUUAAUCGCCAUGUUCUCAAAGUGAUUCUUGGUAGAUCUAUAAGAUUCCAUGAUUUAGCAUUUUUUGAUCCAGUUAUGUAUGAAAGUCUCAGACAACUUGUGUUAGAUGCUGAAUCAAAAGAUAAAGAAUCAUUAUUUUCAACUUUAGAUUUGAACUUUAGCAUUGACCUGAGCCAAGAAGAAGGCGGUGGAAGUGUAGAAUUGAUCAGUUGUGGUGUUGAUAUUGAAGUGACGCCCAACAAUGUUUAUGAUUAUGUAAGAAAAUAUGCUGAGUUUAGAAUGUUUAAAACUCAACAAAAAGCCUUCUUUGCAUUGAGAUCUGGAGUAUUUGAUGUAAUUCCUGAGAGUUCAUUAGACGGUUUAACUGCUGAAGAUUUGAGAUUACUGUUAAAUGGAGUUGGUGAUAUUAAUGUACCUUUGCUAAUCUCUUACACAAGUUUCAAUGACGAGUCUGGUCUUGCCACUAGUGAUCGCCAAAUAAAGUUUAAGCGUUGGUUAUGGUCUAUUGUUGAUAAGAUGACUCCAUCUGAAAGACAGGACUUGGUAUAUUUCUGGACUGGAUCACCAGCUUUACCUGCAUCAGAAGAAGGAUUCCAGCCAAUGCCUAGUGUUACCAUGCGUCCUGCUGAUGAUUCACACUUGCCAACUGCCAACACAUGUAUAUCUAGAUUGUAUAUACCACUUUAUAGCAGUCGUACUAUACUUAGGCAUAAACUAUUGAUUGCCAUAAAAACUAAGCAUUUUGGAUUUGUUUAAAUUUGUGGUUUGUUAUUUUAAAUAUAUGUCAGAGAAAACCUACUAAAACAAAAUAAUAAUAAUAAUG